GUAAAUUCUAACGGUUUCAGAAAAGAAAAAAAAUUUUAAAGAUUCACAUUUGUUAAAUUUUAAAUACGGGGAUUUACGAUAAAAUAUUUUAUUUUUUAAUAGUCAAAAUAAAAAUUGAUAAAAUAGUACUACAAUUAUUUAAACGAUGACGUCGAAAUCACCUGAAGCUCAGGCUUCGAUAGGUGUUCUUCGAGCUCUUUUAAAUGUUCAAAAACACCCUAUACGAUUAUCUGUAUUGCUGAAAGAAUAUAAGGAAAUGGAAGGUAGAAUUUUACCUUAUAGACAAUUUGGGUUUAAAUCGGCUGAAGAAUUUUUGAAAAUGUCAGGGGAAUUUUUAAUGAUGUUUGAUCAAGGAGAGGUGCUAGUUGGAGCUCGUCCAAACAAAGAUUCUGCUCAUAUUGUUAAAAUGGUUGCAUGUCAAAAACCAUCUCGAAAGAGAUCAAACAGAACUUAUAGUAAUAGAAAUCGAAUGCCAAAAAGGGAUGUUCAAAACAAUACUUCAUAUUUAUUUCAGGUUUACCGAAAUUUUGCUUCAUUAGCUAGUUAUGGUAAUUUGGCGAGAAGAACUGCAAAACCAGUCAUGAGAAUUAAUAAUUUUGUAUCUCAAACACAAAAUUCAAAGCCUCAGAAAUUCGUAACCUCAAAAGUGAAUGACCGGUUAGUAGCAAAAAAUUUAGUGCAAAAGGACGGAGAACAACUGAAAGAAAAACCUGUUCAAUCAAAAAUAUCGCCAUUUCUGCAGGUUAUUCCAAAAAAAGAUGGUUCCCAAAAUUUAACAACAAGUAAAAGUAGUGCCCACAACUUAAAUAAAGUUGGUGAAACAAGUUCCAAAAAUUCAGAACGAGAUGAAAAUUCAAGGUAUAAUUUUGCCACUACAAAAGAGCAUACAAUUUCGGUGAGCGAGAGCGAUUCUAAAAUUUCUAAUGAAAAUAACUUAAACAAUAUGAAACAAAAUGAAUUUUUAUGCAAUAAAGCGCGUGCUUUAAAGAAAUUGAUAAAUAAUGUAGAAAAUAAUAGUUUUAAAAAUUUGACGGAGCACACUGUUGCUGUUUCAAACAAGGAGAAUUUGCAAACACCUUUUGAAAACACAAUCAUAGAUCCAAAUAAAGAAGUGUAUUCAAACCUAUUGACACCACCAGUUUCACCAUUAAAUGAAAAACUUGAUGUGCAAACAAAACUAUCUAGUGUAUCAGCAAAUGUUUUAACUGAUACCACCGUUAGAGUAAUAAAUGAAAAUAAUAAAGAUUUAGGAGAAAAGUGUUUAAAACCGAAAAUUUCGCCAACAGAAAAAUAUGAAUUUAACUUCAAAUUAAAUCCAGUAACGUCAUUGGAACAAUAUUGUUUGGCACGUGGAUUUGAAGAGCCUCGAUAUGAUUCAAAAUAUUAUAAUGGAUUGCUUUUCAGCGUAAUGAUUAAUGGGAAGAAGUAUACCACUUAUCCGAAAUUCUUCAAUGAUAUGCAAAUAGCCAAAAAUGCAUGUGCAGCUAUUGCAAUUGAAGAAAUUAAAUUAGAGGAAUCUAAAAUUGCAAAAUACCCAGUUUCUACAAAUUCUGAUUCAGAUUUGUUACUAAAAAUUUAUGAAGAGCUAAAAAUCAAUCAUACAAGUGGUAUCUUUGUAAAAAUGUUUCCAAAGUUUUUUGAAUUAAAAUUUCAGCAAAGUUUACCAGAUCAUUGGUUUUCGUUAGUUGAAAGUUCGAAGUAUUUUCUAAUAGAAUCCACAGUGGAUUUCGAAAAUGCAAUAUUAGUUGCUAAUUUAAAUCUUGAAGAUUCAGAUAAUUUAGAAGAAAUGAGCGGAUCGAUUCUUGAGUCAAUAACCUUACCGUGGGAUAAGAAAUAUUGGAAUCUAUAUAUAACACAUUGCGAAUCUCCCGCAACAAUAUGGGCUCGUAUAAUAGAUAACAAUUAUAGUCAAAAGUUGGAAACAUUGUUAAAUCAAAUUGAACAAAAAAUGUUAAAUAAGAAAACACAACCCGACUCAAUAUUGACUGGACAGCAUUAUUUAGUUUCAAUGUCCGAGACGUGGCAUCGAGUUUAUUUGCAAAAAAUGAAUGAUGAAAUUAAUCGUUGCUUAUGCUUUUUUAUAGACUUUGGGGAUAAAGAUUGGGUGUCAAUUGAUGAGCUCUAUGUGUGUGAUAAAGAAUUUUUAAAACUUCCACCACAGGCCAUAUCAUUUAGUCUUUUUGGUUUACAAGACUUUACUGAAAAUCCAAUUGCCAAUAAGUGUCUUAAUGAAACAAUUAUGGGUGCAUCAUUAGUAGCUGAAAUUCUUACAAAGAAAGAAAUUUAUGAAUCAAAUGAGUCUAAACAAAUUGACAUUGUGUUGUAUGACACGUCAUCACAUAUAGAUAUUAUUAUAAAUGAAGUUUUAAUUGAAAGAAUAUGUGCUGGUGUGCCAAUACCAGAAUUAAAACAAAAUAGUCCUACCAACGUCAAUAUUACACAUAUUACUGAUAGGGGUGAUAUUUAUUUACAGAUUUUAGAUUCUAAUUUUUACUAUCUACAGAAACUUAUUUUGCAAUUGAUUGAAUCAAAGUUCCAACAUGAUCAGUAUAAAGUCAAGUUAGAAGAAUUAAAUCUAUCAAAUUUAUAUUUGGUAGCCGAUGAAGGGAAAUGGUAUAGAGGAUCUCUAGUUGAUAUUGAUGUAAAAAAUCGAAAUGCAAAAGAAUUCAAGAUAUUUUACGUUGAUUAUGGGCUAACAAAGCAAGUUAACAUUUCAAAUAUAUUUUCCUUGGAAUCUCUGAGCACAGCUUUGAACCGCUACCCAAGACAAGCAAUAAAAACAAAAAUGUAUAAUAUGCCACCGUCAAAUGAAUUUGUGUUAAAUAAACUAAAAUCUAUGUUACCAGAUAACUCUUUAGCUAUAGUUAAAUCAGUAGUUAAUGAAUUUAAUUUAAAUGGAAUUCCCCAAGUAAUAGUUUUUAUACGAAUUGAAAAGAAUCAAAGUUUAUGUAACGUUAAUGAUGCAAUACGAAUAGAAUAUGAGCUCAUCUCGAACGAUGUAAGUAGUGAUGUUUUAAUUAAUGAAUCUUCAUCAUCUUCAAUAAGUCAACCGACGCCAGAGUAUGAAAUGUUACCAAUUGAAUUACACUCAAAUAUUAAUUUACCGGAAAAAGGUGAAAUAUUCAACGUUUUGGUAACGGUUGUGACAAGCCCUUUUGACUUUUAUAUAAGACCCCAAGAAGACAGUUUGCAAUAUGAAAAUAUGAUGACAAUAUUACAAAAUCAAUGUCAAAAUAACAAGGAAGUCGUAUCUGCUGAUAUGAUAGAACCUGGUGAAGCUUAUGCAGCAUGUCUUAAAGAUGGAAUAUAUUACAGAUGCAUCAUAGAAAAGUCGCUGUUUGACAAAAAAUGUUCCGUUUAUUUUUGUGAUCGUGGCGAUAGGGAUAUAAUUGACAUUAAAUCGCUCUGCUCAUUACCAGGCAAAUGUCGUGAUUUACCAACACAGGCUAUUAAAGCUAAAUUACAUGGCAUCAUACCUAUUAAAGAGAUAUGGUCACAAAAGGAUAAUGAUCGUUUUUAUGAGCUAACUGCAGGAAAAAAUUUUAUUGCAGUUGUAAAACAUAUUUUAUUCGAUCAUCUUGAUUCUUACAGAAAUUCAAAAGUUUUAGAAUUGAAAUUGAUAGAUCAAUCAAAUGAUGUAAUAGUGCACGAAAUUUUGCUGGAAGAAAAUCGUGCAAUUUUAUCUUAAUCUGAUUUAUUAAAAUCUAAUUUAGAAAUUUUAAAAUUUUAGGAAAAUUUCAUUUUUUCUAAUAUUUUUCUUUAUGUUUAUUCCUCUUCAAUUUGAUUAAAUUAAAUAAUCAAAAGAACCGUAUUUAAUGUUAAAAGCAAGAAAUUCUA